AUGUUUUGUUUGGCUUCUGGUUCAGUUCGAAGAAUUAGGAGACGCGUUUUGUUCGUGUCGCGUUCGUUGUUCGUGUGUUUGAGUUAUUUGUAUAUUUGUUUAUUAUUUGCAACAAAUUAUUGUUUGGUUGUAAUCGCAUGUGCUUCAAGGUAUAAUCUAUGCAAUAAACUUGCAUUGUCAUGAGAUAGCAUACAUCCCUUUAGGUUUACCAUUGGGUUAUAUGCUUGGGCAAUUCUUAAGAAACUCUCAGAGAGAGAAUACAAUGUUUCCGGAGCCAGACUCUAUUGGAAAAUAUUUUCACGAGCUUUUCAAAGGUGUACCCGAUCAGCAGAAGAAAAAAUCAGAAUGGAAGAAAACCAAAAAAGGAAAACCUCAAAAAGGGAAAGACAAGAAGAAAACCAAGGUGGAAGCUUUGGGAGAUGUGUCGAGUCCUCCAGAGGUGGAACUGCCUGGCAACGCUUCAAGCUUUGCAGUGUUUGCAACGGUGCGCAUGGCAGUGCUCGAGUGCUGGAUGAAGGAGGCUUGUGAGAUCUAUCUGCAGUCCAGUGGAAGCUCUCCUGCUACUUAUGUGGCUGCAGAUUCCGACACUGAUGACGACGAAGGAGACGUUGAUAAGGAGCUGAAUGCUCCUGCUCGCAUACCUAAGAUUGUUGGCGUGGGGCUACGCAGUGUGUUUGAGCUGAUCAGGGAGAGUCGUCAUACGUACCCGGAGUUGUGCACAAGGGCUCUCAGUGCACUCCUGGAUGUAAUACAAGGACAGCAGCCAGAAGGGUUGAAAGCAGAACCUGCUGAGGUCAUCGAACCGCUUUUCAAGCUGCUACUUGAGCUAGCUACGUCAUCCGGUGAGCCCCCAACAUCACACAAUGAUGGCUCCAAUCUCACAGCAGUUGCAUGUGCUUGCCUGCUCAGUCUGGUGGUGGUGCGCGGAGAGACAGGGAAACUAUUGGCAGCUACCGCUGCACUGCUCAUGUCCCCUCGCAUUCUUGCCACCCAGAACAUAGUGUUGCCUGUUGCGGUGGCAGCACUGCAGCGCAGUGUUCAUGGGGUGCUAUUGGGUAAGGUGGUGCGACCAGACUGGAUAACCCAUGGUGUACCCAAAACUGCAAAACUGAGCUCAUUCAAACUGAAACUGCCUGGAGAUGGCCAAGGUGGCAACAAGGCGAUGGCCAGUGAUGGACAGUACCUGUAUGUUCACUCGUCUCGUGGACUGUUCAAGUUCGGAUCAGGCUAUUCCGGUACAAUCCGAGGCCAUGUGUACCAAUAUAAAUCUGACUUCUACAAUGACAAGCGUGGGUGGCUAGGGUUUGCCCAGGGUCAGCUGUACUACCGUAGCCUGGACAAAGGAGAGCUGGUGACUAUAGACACAACCUCACUGACUGUACAACAAGUAGUAAGGAUUGAGGUGGAUGGAAUGAUGUUCUCUGAUGGUGACCAGCUUGGGAUUGUUACUGCUACUAGAGAUGAUGGAUUCGUGGUCCGCACCCUAAACCCUGGGGGCAGUCCAAUCUACUCUGUUAGUGAGUUACCACUCAAGCUGGCCCGAAAAUGUCUUGAUGUGUUUGGUACUGCUUCAUAUGACGAAGAGAGCAACAUACACAGCCUCAACACUGGCUAUGACGAUGAGGUUUCGUCUAUCUAUGGUGCAAGAGAAUUCUGCCUCUUAAGAACCACCUCGGGCAAGAUUCUAUAUUGCGGGAAGCCAUCAGCUUUAGGACUGAAGCAAGGUGGCAAUGCAGGCUCGCGCUGGCAGGAGCUGAUAGUAGCCAAGGCUCCCAGGAUAGCUCAAGUUGCAGCGGGUCAUGAGGGGCUGCACGCUGUACUGGUGGGGGAUGAUGGGUCGGUCUACUUUACUGGGACUGCUAGGCGGGGCGAGGAUGGAGACCUAAAUAAACCCAGGCGCCAAUUGAAAGCUGUGAAGCCCAAGAAGAUAACCAAGAUAGAGCCAUCGUUUGUGGUGGCAGCAGCAUGUAACAUUGGAACUACAGGCCUUGUCACCAAGGAAGGGGAACUGUACAUGUAUGGAAAGGACAACACACACUGUGACAUCAACACAGGCCUGGUGAAAGAUUUGAAGGAAGUACAUGUGGCUCAAGUUGCUCUCGGCAAGGCACAUGCUGUAGCGCUGACCAACAAGGGCUGUGUCUACACGUUCGGGAUUAAUAACAAGGGACAGUGUGGUCGUGAGUUUGUCUCCCAAGUGAAAGAGGCCACAGUGGUCGCCAUGGAGACUACAGUAGAGGAGGAAGGAGGGGAGGAGGAAGAGGGAGAGUGGGAGGACACUCAAGAGGUGAUGUGUGCACCAGGACAACACAAGUGGAAGCAUGACCUGUGUAUGGUGUGCACUGUGUGUCGAGAGUGCACAGGCUACAGUAUCAGCUGUCUGAGCAGUAUGAGACCUGACCGCAAUCCUGGACAAGAGUGUGGCUGCGGAGAAGGUGACUCUGGAUGUGCAGAGUGUGGCUGUUGCCGGAUUUGCGCCAAGGAGAAUGUAGACAACUCCGAGCUGGCUAUACUUGGCCCUAGUGGAGCCGGGGACAUAGCCGGCAUGAUGAGACUGGAUCUCAUAUUUGGCGGUCGUCAUGGAGCAAGACUGCAAGAUCACUUGCAGCGCAGACUGGAGGAGCGCAAGCUGCGACAGAGAGGCAAGCUGGGCUCCAAGCACAACGGACUCAAGCUGAAGGGGGCCAACAACCGUCCUGGUCCCAGUAUCCAACCUCCCCCAGCAGUCACCAAGCCCCCUAUACCAUUCCGUACCCCUGUACCUGCUACGGCUCCCGCACUUGUUGUUGAGGAAGUGCCCGGAGGGAGUGAUGUGGAGAAGGAAACCACCAGGGUGACAUCCUUACCUCCAGGCCAACUUCACCUGCCCAAUGACAUUCCAGUAGUUCAAAUAGCAUGUGGGCUACACCAUACAUUGCUGCUGACCCAGAAUGGAGAAGUGUAUUCGUUUGGCAGCAACAGCUAUGGGCAGCUAGGUGUGGGCGAUAUCAUGAUCAGAGGAGGUCCGGUGCUAGUAAAGCUGCCAGGGAUGGCCACUGGUAUUGCAGCUGGUAGUAACCACUCUGUCGUCCUCAUGGCCAACGGACAGGUCUAUACCUUCGGAAACUACCAGAAGGGGCAGCUAGGCCGACCCGCACCAGAUGGCAGUAUGGUGGCACAGGGCAGGAAGGAGCGCCGGCCAGAUGCCGCCGGAUGGUAUGCCACACCAGGAUUGGUUGCCGGUGUGGGUCCUCGCCACGGCCGCCGAGCCACCUGGGUAGCAGCAGCUGGGGACCAGACAUUCAUGCGGAUAGACGAAAGCCUCAUCAACUCAUUCACUCUCCAGCAGAGCUCUCUCAUGGCCAACAAGAAUUGCAUAGUGUUGUUACCAACUCAGUGUGAGCUGUCUAAGACGUUUAAGUGUCUGGUGAUAAACAAAAGAGAUGGCAACUGCAACAGUUUCCAAGGCAGUGAUCAGGUGGACUUCACCCAGACAGCAACCUGCCUUGACCCCCUCUACAAUAUUCUCUGGUGCUACUCAGAUAGUGGAGACAGUCCGGAGAUAAACAGUUACAAUGUAGUGUGCUGUGAAAACAGAUUAGAGGUGGAAGAAUGUAUCUUGAGACCCCAGUUGUCUCUGCCGUGGACACCUGGAUGUCAGGUGACAAGGUAUCAAGCGGCACUACACCUACUGGGUGUGCUGGACACUCUGACUCAGGCACAGGAGAAACGACUCACUGUACGAGCCCACACUGAUCAAACAGAGACUCAGGACAAAGUCUUCAUCUGGGAUGAUUUCUGCACUGUGAACCGCUUUGAGAGCCAUGGAGGUGGCUGGGGUUACUCUGGUCAUUCAGUUGAAGCCAUCAGGUUCAUGGCAGACACAGAUAUCCUGCUCGCAGGCUUUGGACUGUUUGGUGGCCGGGGGGAGUACACAGGCAAAAUCAAGUUAUAUGAUAUUGGAGUGGAUGGAGGAGAGCAAGAGAGUGAUGGGGAAGUCAUUGCUGAGAUAGAGGAGGUGCCCUAUGAGUGCGGCCCCAGGCAGAAGUACCCCAUGCUGUUUGACGAUCCCAUCCCACUACAGGCAAACCGCUGGUACGUGGCAUGGGCGAGAGUGAGUGGACCGUCCAGUGACUGUGGAUCCAGCGGGCAGGGGAUGGUCAGCACAGAAGAUCAAGUGGUAUUCUACUUCAAAUCAUCCAAGAAGUCUAACAACGGUACAGAUGUGAAUGCCGGCCAGAUUCCACAACUGCUAUACCGAGUGGUAACGCCGGAGAACCAGACUGCAACUAGACAGACAGACACUUGUGAGCCCGUCUACAUCCUCAGCAAGGAGUUCUCUCGGGCUGUGUCGACGGAAUGUUUCCGUUCUCUACUGAGCCUGCUACAGUGGAGCUGGGCAGCAUUCAAGGCUGGGUUGACACAGUCAGCUGUGGUCACAGUAGCCAGUAGCUCUACUGCCAGCCACCUCACCGCACUACUGGACUUGGAACGGCUAGUGUAUGUCUGCCGAGCCUGCCUUCGACUACUGAAGACAUACAUCAACGAGAUCUACCCCAACCAAGUAUCACACAAGAAAGUUACCCAGGAGUCUAUCCGAUUGGCUGAGUGCGUAGGAGACGUCAGGGCUUUAUUGCGCACGAUCCUGUCAGACUCUCUGCCUUCACUGCGUAGGAAGAAUCAAGGAAGCCAAUACAGCAAGAUGUCCCUAGAGGUGCUAGAAGAGUGCCAUCAGACGUUUGUGGCAUGUUUCCACGCUUUCUACCCAACAGCCUUCCUCAAGUGGACAGCUUUAUGUGACCUGCUAGCCUCAAUGGACAAGAAGGGUGACUUAGACCGGCUAGUCAGUGCAGUGGUAGCAGCUCUGUGUAGCCCCACAGUGCGUCUCCGCUCCACCUUUCCCAUCUCCACAUCCCCUGAUGGGGAUGGCCAUAACCUACUGCGCAAGCAGCUUUCUCCCUCUGACAAUUCAGGACUACCCAUGAUGCCAGGAAUGGACACCCAUCACUAUCCCAUACUGGUGGAACAGAUGAGUUAUAGAAGUCAGGUUAAUUUCAUCGAAACUACAAAACAGAGAAAUCUGAAUGAACCGUCUGAUGAGCUAUUACGACUCCAGGUGGAAGUCGCAUCAGUGUGGCAGUUCAAGGAUGUCCUGGACCAUUUGCUGGACAUAGUGACUCUGUCUAUAAAGCAAGCCCUGCGGCUGGAGAAGGUCACCCACUCCUCGCAGUUGGUUACCAACAGUUGUCACCUACUGGCCAAGGUCGUGGCAGAACUCGCUGCCCAGGCUAGGGGUAUCGAUGAGGACUUGGAGGGUGCCUGUGGGCGGGUGAUGCAUGCCACUCCCUCCCGCUUCAUGCGUACCAACCAAACUCGGACUUGGAACACUGGCAAUGGAUCACCAGACGCCAUCUGCUUCACGGUGGACCGUGGUGGAGUAGUUGUGGCAGGAGUGGGCGUCUACGGUGGAGCAGGAACAUACGACUAUGAAUUGGAGCUGUUGGAUGAUGUAAGUAACACAAACAACGAUGCAUCACACGGUCAACGAUGGAACAGUCUGCAACUCACUAGAGGCUCAUUCGGCCCAGACGAUUGUCAAGCUGAUGAUAUUGUGGAGCUAAUGUUUGACUAUCCUGUCUACAUCAAGGAGAAUGUAAAGUAUGCUAUCAGGCUAAGGAAUCACGGUGGCCGCACUAGUAACGGUGAUGGAGGGGUGAGCUCUGUUAAGGGUCCAGAUGGCGUCACUUUUACUUUCUCCACCUGCUCACUUAACUUCAAUGGGACUACACCCACCAGGGGCCAGAUACCUUACAUCCUCUACUUCAGUAACCCCCAAGACUCAGAGGGCCAGGCCAGCAGUAAGGCAAUGGUUGAGGCUCAGGCACGUCGGUCCACACUGACACUGGCGGGGGCUAUCGUGAGCCGGUCCGCCGAACUAUUAGCACUAGCCAGAGAGCGGGCAGAAGAGGUGACAGCUUCUGAUGUGCUCGGGUCUGCCUGCCUGGUCACCACCCUGCUGCCUCUCAUGUUGGCUCACAUAAGUCCCCUAGCCACCUCUGACCCCAGGAGUGGAGUACAAGUACUCAGCCUAAUACAAGAGUUACUGCCUCAUGUGUCUGCUCUGAACCUCCUGAGCUGUGGGAUGGGACAGUCUGUUUGUUCCGUAGAGAGCAUCUCCUGUCCAGACAACAAUCACACCACCACCAGUCACCACUAUGUCUGGGUGGAGAGUGACCACCCUUACAAGCCUGCCACUAUCUCCAAUUACAGGGUGGUAUUUCCCGAGUGUGUCAAGUGGGUGUGUGUGGAGUUCUCACCAGAAUGUGGCACAGCUCAAGCUGAAGAUUCUCUGCAACUAUACAUCCCAGCGACUAACACUGCAUCAGCAACCGCUGCUAGCACCAUAGCCCCCACAGUCCCCGCCGAGGACUCUGUGCCAUAUUACCCGGUGCUACAUAGAUUCAGCAAUAUUCCCUCACAAUGGCCGCAGUCUGCAGUCGUUCUUCCAGGUAAUGAAGUGAUAUUCUCACUGGAGACUGCAUCGGACUACAUGAAGGAUGAAAAGGCCUCGUUCUAUGGCUUCAAGUGUCUCGUUGUAGGCUACGAAGGAAACCAGGUCAGCAGUGAUGGCCUGAGACACCUAGAGACAGAGCUGUCCUUCUUGGGCGGGAUGUGUGCGGCCUCCCUCAUGAGAAGGGACCUAGUGCUGCCAGUCUCCUCUGUGGACGAGAUUGAUGAAGAAGUCGAAGCUGUAGAAGAGAUCGCCCAACAAGUCUAUACCAAACACGCAAGUUUGCUGGGGAAGGGGUUUGCUCUGGCCAGUGCUCCCACCAUCAACCAGGCACUUGAAGGAGUUCUUCCAUUCAGCUGCCACUGCAAUGAGCGCCUGUUCCUGCGCGACUUGGUGGUGUGCACACCUGGGACCAGCGGAGGUCGCCUGGCACGCUGGUUGCAGCCCGAGAGUCACGUGGACCCCGCGCGAUGUCAGCUGCUCUACCCGCGCGACGAGAUGCGCUGUGGUUGGCCAGCUGUCGUCAACCUCACAACCAAGGACCAGUACGGGCAGGUUGUGCACGUGCCCUACCUCAAGAUUGAAGUAAAAGCAGUACCCAUCGACAAAAAGGAGGCCGGAGAUAGCCGCAAGGUGCGCCGCGUGAGUCAACCAGAUGAGCUGACAUUUGGGGGCCAUGCACAACCCAGCCUGGACACACCGUACGAGGCUACUGUCCGAGACCAGAUGUGCUACAACGCGAUCACCAUGAUGAAGGUAUAUGAGAACUACUCAUUUGAAGAGCUGCGCUACACGUCUCCAGCUGUGAAAAGAACCAGUGAGACCAUGUUGGUGCGGCCCAACAGUGAUGGGACCUACAGUGCCACUUGGACCCCAGGCUCGGUGGGCUGGUAUUGUAUCCAUGCCACCAUUGAUGGCUACACUAUGGAAGAGGUACACAAGGUGGAAGUGAAGGACCCACCCCAAGGUAUCAUGCCCCCCACGCAGAGCCAUACGCCCCGUAAGGCCACUCACCAGCCCAAUAGGUUACGCAAGUUUGUUGCACGUAACAGUGCCGGCCUACGUGUCCGUGCACAUCCAUCUUUGCAGAGCGAGCAGAUAGGGGUAGUCCAUGUCAAUGGCACCAUUGCCUUUGUUGAUGAAAUACAUAACGAUGAUGGUGUCUGGCUCCGACUGACUCAGGACACAAUCAGGCAGUAUUGUCACAACUCCUACCCUGAGGCAUGGUGCCUCCAAUACAACCAGCACCUGGGGAAAACACUCCUGCUGCCACUCCAAGAGCCCAAGACAGUCCUGGACCAUGUGGUGAGGGAGAGCCGAGGGAAACCUACCACAUCCCACGAAAUACCGAAGGUAUUAGAAGCGACCAGCUACAAGGUGGUGAAGUGUGGAGCCUCAGGCCACAAUGUGAGGAGCAGCCCCAGUCUGACGGCCCCACCCAUUGGGAUGCUACACUUUGGCAACCACAUCACUGUCACCUGCCACAGCAUCAACAAGGAGGGAACUUGGGUGCAACUGGACAAAGAUACGAUCAGCAACUGUUGCUUCAACCUGGAAGAGGAAGCCUGGUCCCUUGCUACCGACAAGAAUAACUUUGUCUAUCUUCGACCAGACAAGAUCGAGAAAGAUUCGGAAGCAGGUCCCAGCAGCUCUCCUGAUGUAUUCAGCCCCUCACUCUCCAAGGCAAGUCAGCGAGGUUUUGACUUCUCUGGCCCUGACAACCCAACCGUGUUCCCCGUGUUCACUCCUCCCUCGUCCUCUGUCAACAACAGCAACCCUUUUGUCUUCGGUUCAUCUGUUCCAGCCCUUCCAGUCAAAGAUGAAACCAAGACAUCUCUCAAAGAUUCCUCCAUCAAGUCCUCAGGUCCCAAAUGGUUCAAGCCAGCAGAAGAACCAAAGCCUCCAACUUCAAAAGUCUCCUAUUCAAGGGACAUGCCUCCUGAACUGGCUGGCGUCUCUGUGAAAGAUCUUGUGAAAGCGAUUGGUGAGAGUCGGGCCAACGGUAAUGGUGUGACUCCGCCUGACACUCCGCGACGGUUGUCUCGCAGUUCAUCACCUCUUGUCUCACGUGACAGCCGCAGCUCCAGUCCUGUACCCAUCCCAGCCUUUCCUGGUAAACACAGGACCCAAGGGGGUCGACCGCUGGGAGGGGUGUUCCUGGACAGUCCCAGCAGCAGCCCUCAGGCAUGUGGCUCCCCUCGCAGUAUCGGCAUCUCACCUCUAGUUUCAGGAGCCAUGCAGGACAGCAUGUCACAGAGGCGGGGCUCCACCCAGAGCGACACCAGUGCCCUGGUCAGCAGUUUGACCCGAGACCUCACUCCCAGUCCUAGUGGAAGCUCUCUACAUAGUGCCAAGAGUGUCACCACUCCAGAGACACCCAGGAAAGCCCAGCAGGAGAGUGACUCCAGCUCCAGGUCAAUGGCACAGGCGGGCACACAGACUUCUCCAGAGGCUGUCAAGGGCCAUUUCAGCAUCGGCACUGGAGGUCCCAAGGAUGAGAGCAGGCUAUCCCCCAAAAUGGGUAGGAAGGAUAGACCCAGCCGCAGCAUUAAGCGAGCUAUGUCUCCUCAGCAGCAAAGACCUCCUCAGCAGGAAGUGAGGGAGCCAGUGAAGGAAGCCAUGAGCCCAUCAGUUGCCGAAAGCCUAAGAGCCACAUUUGCAGCAUUCUUAUGGCAUGAAGGGAUUGUCCAUGAUGCCAUGGCUUGUGCCUCCUUUCUAAAAUUCCAUCCUACCUUACCCAAGCAAGGAGCCAUGGUGGUUACACGCCAUACUGACAGAGCUAGACCAACCAUGACCCGCCACUCUGUGGAGGUGAGUACGGCAGGCAGCUAUCUGCACAUUCAGCCAUCCACCUUAGAGACUCUGACUCGUUCCGCCGCUAACGCCAAUGCUAGCCGUCACCGAGGCCGUGGUAAGACCGGUGUUAUACAGGAGGAGACUACCCCUGCCACCGCCCCGCCUCAGCUACAGACAGUUACUGUCCUACCUCCCGCCCUCCGCUGCCUGGUCUUCCUCUGGGAGGAGUUGACUUCUAGUUGUCUACAGACAUUUGCCACCAAUGCGUAUCUGCCAAGUCCAUCACAGUCAGCGGGGCCAGUACUGCCCAAGGUAGGAGGACGAGGAAAAGUAGUGGGAGGUGAGGCAGGUGCCGCAGAGGGCGAGGGAAAGCUGAAAGCUCGCAAGAAGAAAGAAUGGAAGGGAAUGGUGGUUGUGGAUAUGUCUGUACCUGCAGACAGAGGCACUGUACACAAAGCCCCUUGUGAGCUGUGCGGAGGUGUCUACCCCCAACCGAUCACCUACCACAUGAGACAGGCUCACCCAGGCUGUGGGCGUCAUGCAGGAGGAAAGGGUUACAACAGUCGAGGCAAUUUCUGUGUGGGCUGGGCCGGCAACUGUGGUGAUGGAGGAGUUGGCGGCAGUUCCUGGUAUCUGGUCUGUGAGAGUUGUCGUGACAAGUAUCUGCAAGGUAAGAAACAAUCUUCAGCUAAGAAGACUUCCCGGAAGAAGACGACCAUUGUCGCCCCUUCAACUACCAAAGCGAGCUCACCCGCUUCAGACAUCCCAGCAAUCGCAACAAGCCAGGGAUACCUGGAGACCCAUGUUGUGAUGAAGAACAAUGCCAUGUUCCUAUUGGAGCUGUCUUCUGGGGCAGAUCCCCAGCCCCUCAACCCCAGCCCCCCAGAAAGUGGAGGUCCCUUUCCCCCUCCUGGACCUCUCCAGUGUCUCCAUGCGCUGGGAGUCCCUCCUUCCACACUAGUCGAUGACUGCCACUUCCUUCACGACGAGCGAGAGACCGGGCGUGGUGGCAGGCGAGACAUUGAUCCCACAGCUACAUAUUCGCUGGUGUCAGACUCUAUGACCAGUGACAGUGAUAGUGACAGCAGCAAGGGGAGAUUGUUUCACCGUUCUGUCUCCAUGGGAACUAGUGGCGCACCGUGGAGUCGGCGUGAAGGUGAUGGUCGUGUCAUCAUGAUGAGGAAACGUAACAACAGUACCUGUGAUGCUGUUAACGAGCCAGUGUCAUCACUGCUGUGUGUGCCGUCGGCGGCCUUACAGCGGUUGGUACCUACUCUAUGCCAGUCAGCGAUAGUCUCCGUGGAGAAGCCUGGCAUUGAUAUCCUCGGCCGUCCAGUCCUACAAUUCCUGCUACAGCAACACAACCUACCCUGUCUGCAGGCUGCCAUGCGCCGAGCUUUACAUAAGGCCACAUGCCGUGUCUACGCCAUGCAGGCCCUGAACUGGUUACUUCGCAGUGUGACCCAGAGUACCUGUCUGCAUGAUUUGUUGUGGUGGCUGGUGGCUGCACUGUCCCCUGCCAUAGUGGAACCUGAGCCACCUACUUCUGGAGCAGACCCCAAACCAGACAAGAAAGAAGAUCAUGAUGUUCCUGGGAUCUGUGAGCAUCCCCUCAGUGAUAUGAGCCUAGUAGGAGAGAGUGUGCAGCCCCUAGCCUCCACCUUCCAUGCUCUUCUACAGACGGUGGCAGAUCUCAUGCUCAUGCUGCCCAUGGGAUCGGCACUACAGCAGAUGGCGGUGCGAUGUUGGGGCAUCCGGUUCACACAAGCCGACCACAUGUUCCUUCACAGGAGCCACGUGUUUAGCAACAUCAGCAAGAUUCUCUCUCGCUCAGAGGAAGAACAAGAUGAUACCAGCCUCAGCAUGCAAGAGAGUCACCAUUCCACCUACUCUCAGAUGCACAGUUUUGUGGAGAUCCUAAAAGACUUGACGCCGGGGAUGGAAGUCAAGGCGUCAUCCCGUCAGGCAAUGGUGGGCAGUCUUACUGAUAACUCCACGGAGACCUUCUGGGAGUCUGGUGAUGAGGAUCGCAACAAGACUAAGACUAUAACACUCACAUCUCCUCCUCGCUCCAGUCUCCAUUUGGUUUAUAUACACAUCGACAAUUGCCGUGAUCUGGCGAACAAAGUGUCCAGUGUGACAUUCCAGACUGGCCCCAACAUUGAGGAGCUGUACAAGAUUCGCACCAUAGAAGUGGAGAGCAGAGCCACUGGUUGGUUCAGUUGUACUGUUGUGGACCGGGAACACAGCGUAGUGCGGCUGGAGCUGAAGGGGCCAGACAACUCUCUGCGGCUGAGACAGAUCCGAGUUCUAGGAGAGAUGGAGGGGGAGCCUCUCAAACAGGGGCGCCAACAUAGUGCCCUCACCAUUCAGCAGCGCAACACUGAAGCCGAGACUCUCAAGGUGUUCCGACUCAUCACAUCUCAGGUGUUUGGACAGCUGUUUACAAGAGAGGAGGACUCCGCAGUUCAGAAGACCAAUGGCUCGAAUGUGAAUAUGGUGUUCGGAAAGCUGAUAACAGGAGAACAGGAGGAGCCCACAGUUGAGGAGACCAAUGAUCUGAAGGAGCACAUGGUGGGCAUACUGUUCAGUCGCAGCAAGCUCACUCACUUGCAGAAGCAGGUGUGCACACACAUCGUCCAGGCAAUUCGCAAGGAGACGGCUGCGCUACGCGAGGAUUGGGAAACACGGCUAUGCUCCGGUACUCAGGCCAACGAUGCUCCAGAUACUUACUGUUUCGAGAUGCUGUCCAUGGUACUAGCCCUGAGUGGCUCAAGUGUGGGACGGUCGUACCUGGCUCUCCAGCAGACGCUGCUCACUGACCUCCUGAGUCUUCUGCACACCGGAUCAGCCAGAGUACAGCGGCAGGUAACUCUGCUGCUCCGGCGCAUGUUGCCAGAAGUGGCACCCCAGACUCUAGCUCACCUGACAUCUGUACCCAGGCUGCCACCUACAGAUUUCAGUGCUGCCACCUCCACCAAGAGCUCUGAUGCAGAGUUCGACCCCCAUAGGGUUGGAAUCCUGGACGUGUUCUUGAGCGUUAUUGCCAAAGCCCUGACAGUGCAGGUCAAAGUUAAGGCCAAGGAGGGUAAGGGCGUGACCUCUGUUACCCUGGCCACAGCAAUACACCCACGAGACCAAGUUGGUAAGCGCUGGUGGUUGCGCGGUUGCAUUUCUCGCAAACUGGCUGAGGACAUAAUUCAACUCAUCAAAGACAUGUCUGCGGGUAAACUGUCAGAGAUGUGGGCAAGAGUGACCAAGGGUGCCAUAGCCGAGAAUAUCAUGAACCUAACAAAGCUGUCAGAGGUACAGCGUGGUUCUGCCGAGUGUGCCAGGUGUCCUACCCUGUGGUUAGCCUUGGCGUCCCUUUGUGUACUUGAUAACGAUCAUGUGGAGAGACUGUCGUCCGCGCAGUGGCGCAAUGCAGCUGACGGGAACCCUCCUCCUCCCAGACCCACGUGUAACAACCAUGACGAUGGAGAGACUUUGGCCAUUAUACAGUGUAAUGUGUGUGGCAGCCUGUGUGCUGACUGCGACCGGUUCCUGCACUUACACCGGCGAAUGCGCAUGCACCACAGACAGGUGUGUAAGGAGGAAGAAGAGGCAAUCCGUGUGGACUUACAUGAAGGGUGUGGUCGGACUAAGUUAUUCUGGGCCCUGUUGCUGGCUGACUCCUGCACCCUCAAGGCCAUGGUGGAGUUCCGGGAGGGAACCCGCCCCAACAGCAAGGCGCCGGGUGUUGUCAGUGGGGUGUGUCGCUUCUGUGGUGCUACCGGCAGUUCCGGUCUCCUGGAAAUAGGGAACAUCUGUGCUGACCAGGAAUGUCAGGACCAUGCUCACAACGCUUGCACCAAGAUGCACGUCUGUGGUCAUCUGUGCAGUGGCAUUUCUGGAGAGACAGAAUGUCUGCCGUGUCUUCAUGGCUGCUCCGGGGACCUCACUCUCAAGCAGGAUGCAGACGAUAUGUGCAUGAUCUGCUUCACCGAGGCUCUCUCUUGCGCUCCUGCCAUCCAGCUCAAGUGUGGACAUGUGUUCCAUCUCCACUGCUGCCGCAAUGUUCUGUCCAAGCGGUGGGCUGGGCCAAGGAUCACAUUUGCAUUCUCUCAGUGCCCAAUCUGCAAGGCACCCAUGGAACACCCAGUGCUGGGCGAGCUGCUGGCUCCUAUCUUGUCACUCUUGGAGGAUGUCCGUAGAAAGGCUGUAAUGAGAUUGGAGUACGAGGGACUGGACAAGGGCCGAGCGGACCCUGCCUCUUACGCUAUGGACCGUUAUGCCUACUAUGUUUGCUUCAAGUGCAACAAGGCGUACUAUGGAGGAGAGGCUAGAUGUGAUGCAGAGCUGGGUAGUGGUGACUUUGACCCUGCUGAGUUGGUUUGUGGGGCCUGCAGUGACGUGUCUCGGGCACAAAUGUGCCCCAAACACGGCACUGACUUCCUUGAGUACAAGUGUCGCUACUGCUGCUCUGUCGCUGUGUUCUUCUGCUUCGGCACCACCCACUUCUGCAACGCCUGCCACGACGAUUUCCAACGUGUCACUAACAUACACAGAGAUGAACUGCCAACUUGUCCAGCUGGACCGAGAGCCAAACAGUUGGAUGGAGACGAGUGUCCAUUACAUGUCAAGCACCCGCCUACUGGGGAGGAGUUCGCUCUUGGUUGCGGAGUUUGCCGCAAUGCCCACACGUUCUAAUUAUGCUUCCUCCUUCACUCGUUUUAGAAUAUUUUAAGUUGAAUAGAAUAUUCUCUUAGUAUAACCUGCACAUUGAAAUGUACUAAGAAUACUGAGUGCUAUCAAAAUGUAAUUUAAUUAGUUUUAAUCUAUUUUUAAUUCCUCUAUAAGGAUCUUUUAUCAUCUGUUUUUUAUUUGAAUUAGGCUAAGACUUAUUGUUAGUUAAACAAUUAUUAUAAUUUAAACGGUUGCUAUUGCCUUGAAUUUCUGUUCCUUUACUAGCAGAAAAUAGUGCUAUUUACGUUAUAAGAUUAAUAUUAUUGAACUGCCUCUCUGAUGUUGUGUUUUAGCGCUUCUUAAUUUGCACUUGUAAUUUAUUGUGAUGACUGUGCUGAGUAAGUGAUUUUAAAAUAAAUAUUUACCUUGUCUUAA